GCUCUUCCGGGUGUGGAUAAUCCACAUUUCCUCCUGCCGACACGCAUUCCCAGGAAAACAUCCUGGAUGACGGUUCGAGCUGCGUGUGAAUGCAAACGAAAAGAAUGAAACGGAACACUCGAGAAGUGGAAGACAGAUUAUGAGAAGAUACUCGCGAGAUCUUGGACAUGUUUGACCACCGACUGUGAACUGUAGAAUAUUUGAGAUGUCAGACUCAGAGCAUCAUUUCCCAUCAUUCGUCAAACAGCUGUUGUUCGCAUUUCGAGUUACAGAGCGCAGAGCUUCUUUAUACUGACUCUUUUCAAUACACAAGACAUUAAGUAAGCGGAUUAAAUCGGGAAACAAUAUGUGGCCAUAUUAUUUUGCUGUGGUUCUUAUUGUCAUUGCUCAGGAGGUGAACGGAGAGCCACAUACGCGUCCAUCCUCAGCGACGCAUUUGAGUUCAACAUUACCCCCACAAGAAGACUAUUCAUCACAUCCUAAUACAACAGAUGCAGCGGUUGGAUCUCGCAUUUCUACCAUUUUAAGGGAUCUUCCUACCAUCAAAAACAUUUCGAUUUUUAUCUGCGUAUUAACAACCUUGCUUAUCACGUGCCUUGUCAUAAAAAUAUUCAGAUCGGCAAAGAAGAUCAGAAAAACACGAAAGUAUGACAUUAUCACAACUCCUGCCGAGCGCGUAGAGAUGGCUCCUUUAAAUGAAGAAAAUGACGAAGAUGACGACUCGACCCUGUUCGAUGUCAAAUACAGGUGA